AUGUCUCAAAAAAUAAAGAAGAUGGAAAAAGUGAUAGAGCUUAAGAAAUUGGAGGAUCAUGAUAAGAAGCGGAAGAAAAAAAGACGAGUUGAGAGUUUCGUGACAUACCUUUACAAAGUUUUAAAGCAAGUUCAUCCUGAAACAGAAAUAUCGAAUAAAGCUAUGAAUAUUAUGAAUAGUUUCAUGAGAGAAAUAUUUGAGCGUUUUGCAGCUGAAGCAGCCCAAUUGUUAACAUAUAACAAAAAGUCAACAAUAACACCGUGCGAAAUACAGACUGCUGUAAAAUUGUUGUUGCCCAGUGAAUUGGCGAAACAUGCUAUGGGUGAAGGCACUAAAGCAGUCACGAAAUACAAUAGUACGUUACAAUGA